AUGGAUUCACAAACCCAAAAUGCAUCACUACAACGCCUCCAAACUGUCGAAAAGAGGAUUGUUAGAGUAUUGGAACUUGCUGGUGGAGUGAUGGAAGAAUUCUCAAAUCCUAGUGGACCAAGGAAGGAAUUGGUCAACAAUCACUGCAGUGAAUUCAUGCAAUUAAUCAAGGAUAUACAAGUGACUUUAAGGGAAGAAAUCAAGAGUGCAUGCGAAUAUCGUCCAUUUGAGAAGUGUGAUUACAUAUCAAGAAUAUCAAAUGAAAUAUGCUGCCAAAAAGUCCAAUAUGUCCUUCAAAAAUUGGAUGGAAUGACAGAAACAGUCGAUGAAUAUCAUCAUGCAGCCUGA